UUAAUAUCUACAUAUCUAGAUAAACGCAAAAACGUUGAUCAAAACCAAGAACACAUGCAACAAAUUCAGCACAAUAGUGUUUAUGUGGGAGGAGAACAAAGUGAUCAAAGAUUUUUACAAAAUAAUUAUGUGGAUCUGGAACAAUAUGAGAGCAAUAUAGGAAAUAAUCCAGAAAUACAUCAUCCCCAUAUGGUGAAUUUAACAAGUCCUUCCAACUCUCAACAAGAACAACAUUCAUCGGAACCAACAUUAUCUCCACAAACACCAAUCAAAAACCCUAUACAAUUAAAUCGAGAUCGUUUAUUUAAAUCACCUUUGAGUAAUGUCUCUACUCCUUUGGAAGGACCUGCUGUUGAUUCGUUAGCUUUAUCUGAAAAUGACCCGAGAAUGACUUUGAGUGCUGGUCAUUUAAUGGAUCAUCUUACACCGAACAGCCAUGUUCAACCUCAAAUGAGUUUUCCACAAAAUGAAGGUGCACAGCUUGGAUUUCACCCGAAUCCGUCAACUUUACACCCAUUUACUGGAAAUGUUCAGCAACAGCAAAUGGCUCAUCCACAAAAUCAAGAAUCGUCAGGAAUUUUUGGACAUCCGCAACCAUCAAAUUUUGAAUUAAAUGAUCAUCACAAUUCAUUUUAUCAAAAUCAACAGUCUCGAAAUUUAGUGAAUCCAUCACAUUUAAAUACUGAAUCAUUAAAUCUUCAUAACACGCCUGAGGCAUAUACAAGCCCAUUACCGUACAAUUUUCAUCAAGGAACCCAUGGUUUUAACAAUGAUACACGAGAACAUGGAAUGGCAGGACCGUCCUCUCAGAUGCCUCAUCCUACCCACAAUCCAAAUUAUGGAAGCCUAAUCCAACCAGGACAACAUAGUUUCCAACAAUCUAUGCAGCCUCCUCCACCACAACAUUAUACGCAUUCACAGGGAAUAGGAUCAAGCUCAACACGAUCUUCAGUUGAUGAACACACGAGUUCUCAUAACGAAGAUUCGUCUGAUCUUCUUGGUCAUUUUGAAGAUUAUUCCAAACAAAGCAGCUUAGAUGAUAUUUUUGAAAAAAAUGUUGUAACAAGUCAGCAUCCUUAAAGUAGAAAUUUGCGCG